GGUAGCCUGAGGUGGGUAUAGCCUAAAGUUACAUGACAGAUGAUAUAGAGAUUGAGCCUCUCGUAAUUUGUAUCUUAUUCUGCCUUAACUCAUAGGGAAAUAAUGAUUCCCUCUCCGCCUGCAGCAAUGCUCUCCGCAGCUUUACGACAAGUCGGUGGUCAACGUCUAGUAUACAACCGCUGUGGGUUUCGUUUUAACCCGUGGGUGUGCUGUUCCUACCACUCCUACGAUCAUCCUCCCACCCCGGGUGUCUUCAGCGAACCUGAGAAGGCAAUUCUGUCUGCGGCAUAUCGCCACGUCCCCAAGCACGGUUUCACCCAACACGCGCUGUCGCUUGGUGCUCGUGAUGCUGGUUAUCUUGAUAUCAGCACAAACAUUCUCCCGGAGGGACCUUUUAGUCUCAUCAGGUACCAUCUCGUUACCCAGCGGGAGGCAAUUGCGCCUCUAAGCAGGGCUAUUUACGGCACUGAGGGGCGGGAUUCUUUGUUGCUUGAUGUCCCAGCCAAAGUCGAGCGCCUUACAUGGGAGAGGCUGCUGGCAAACCGAUACGUGAAUAACCGCUGGCAAGAGGCCUUAGCCGUCAUGUCGCUACCUUCACAUAUCCCAACUUCACUACGAGAGCUGGCGCUGCUAGUUGACGAAAUUUACUUCCUUGCCGGUGACACUUCAGUCGACCCAUUGUGGUAUACAAAACGCGGCUCGCUAUCCAUAAUCUACGCUUCGUCUGAGCUCUUUAUGACUAACGACCGAUCUGCUGGCUUCAGCGAGACACGAUCCUUCCUACAACGUCGCCUAGACGAGACUACCAGAAUGCGCGGUACCUGGAACAGCGUUUCCCAGUGGGUAGGUUUCAACGCAACUGCUGGGAUAAAUCUUCUUCGGAGCAAGGGUUUAAAUAUUUAAUUAGAAAUAUAUAUAAAACAACUCGGCUUUAUUGUAUUAAAGUUGAUAGAAAAGGCUUUAUACUAUCCAUUAUAUAAUUAUAAGCUAGCUUUUUCUUUAGCAGGUUACCUUUCUUUUAUCUAAAAAUGCUAGAAGUUACUUAAUUUAACUAUACUACUA